CCAACCCACCUCAGCGCUUACUGCGCACGUAGUGCUGUCAAUGUUAACAUUAGUGUUAGUGCUGGCGGCUCUGGCAACGGUUCACCUGAGCUUUGCUCCUCGGGCUAUCAGCCAAAGUUCACAAACGGAAGAGCUACAAAUCUUCAUUAGGCUUCCUUCAGGGCAACUCGUCACGUUCGUGGGACCUGUCGAUGCCACUGUGGGCUCUGUCUUCGACUUUAUCGCUUCCACGACCCUCUUCCAUCUAGAUAACAGCCGGAUAUGGCGCUUGGUCGCGCGCGGCGGCGACACGCUGCUGGAGCGUUCGACCGUGCUGGCACGUCGUGGCCUGGCGUCCGGUUCCGAGCUGCAAGUGCUCGCACGGCUAAUGGGUGGCACUCCAAAGAGAAGGCCAUCAGCACCCUCAGGUAUAGUUGUUGGGAGUCAAGAGGCUUGGCACGGCAAAGGACUUACAACCACACCGUGUGCACGCAGACAACUGGCUCAGCCUCCACCGCUUCACCCGCUUUCGAAACCACUUCGGAGACCCCGUCUACACGUGCACCAACCCUGGAUGCCGUUCGCCAACACAGUUGAAGGAUAGAGCGGCUUGCUCUCGCCACGAAAAAUGCUGUGAGGGUGCACCUCGGGACCUCCCUCUCCCUGCCGGUACCGGUGGCGAAGGCGGCCUAGGAGACGCUGACUUUCCUGAGGGAGGGAGGGAUUCGCCUGCGGGUUCUGUUAGUGAGAGCGACAGCAUGGACACUAACGGUAGCGGCACCGGCAGCGGUAGCGGCACCGGCAGAGGUAGCGGCACCGGCAGCGGUAGCGGCACCGGCAGCGGUAGCGGCACCGGCAGCGGUAGCGGCACCGGCAGCGGUAGUGGCACCGGCAGCGGUAGCGGCACCGACGGCGGCGGCGGCGGGAAUGUUGGCAAUGGCAGUGACAGGAGUGGUGGUGGCUACAGUAAUAGCGGCAGCGCCCGGGUGGACAGCGACUACCUAUACUCCGAUGAGGAAGAGGAAGAUGCUGCUGACGCUGAACCGGGUCAUUUCCUGGCGGCAGCUCUACACCGCGUUGUGGCUUCUCUCGACCAGGACGACCCUGCCAACAUCAACACCAUUGAGCUGCUGAAUGCUAUUCUGCAGCAAUUCGGGCACCUGGCGCCUGUUGACGGCGACGGUGAUGCUGAUGACCAAGCCGGUGCGGUUGCCAACGACCUUGCGGCGCAGGGUAUGGUCAUGCAACCCACCAACAUCUCCGAACUACAGCAUGGUGCGCGGUCUGUGCAGCACUUCAAGGGCAUCAUGUCAGAGCCGCUGUGGAGAACAGGCACUCAAUCUGCACCUAUCACUGUGGGGCAGUUUGCUUACGCUUGGAUGAAGGAGAAGAUUGAUGGGCGCGUACGGGAUAAUGUUGCGGACCGUCAGCUGCGUUUCCUUCGUGACUUGUGCUUUCCACCUGGCAAUAACUUGCCCCCGUCGCUGUACAUAAUGAAGAAGAUGUUGGACAUUCCAGACGCACGUGACUUUGAGAAGCACGUUUGUUUGAGCGACAAGUGCUUGUUCCCUGAUUUCCCUCGAGAUGAGUGGCACCAGCACCUGCAAGAUGAGUGCGGCUGCGGCCAUCGACGGUUUAAGCCUGCCCGGCCAGGACACCAACCAGUUCCGAACAAGAGGUUCUACGACUUCGGUGUCGAGAAUGUCGUGCGCGGCAUGUUCAUGGACCCACGGUUCUGCACGUUUCGCGGCACAGGGCGCGACAACAACCCUGACGACUUCUACGGCUCGCGGUACGCGCAAGACAUCAAUGCCAAGACUUCCGGCGAGUUCUUCGAGCCCGACAGCUCGGCUUACGACCUGGGCUUUGACUUCGGCGAGGUCUUCUCAUUCAAGAAGUACAGCUGCGGGAUGCUGUUCAUUCGGUGCGUGUGACGGACCUCAGCCUGUUGUAUAGUAUGGGCAAUUGCUUUCCUGUGCACCUACAGUGUCUCCGUGUGCAUUUGAUGUAAUGGGCAUCGUUAGGUAUGUGCCUAUGCUGUAAUCAUCACCCACCAGACCUUAUUGCUCCCCUCUUUAACUGCUGUCUUCAGGUGCGCGGACCUGCCAGUGACUCAACGCAGCAAGCGCCGCCACUGCUUCCCCCUGAUCAUCAUGCCCGGACCUUCGGAGCCUGACUCAAUGGAAGUCUACUUGCGCCCAACACUGACAGCAUUCAAGGCCUUCGGGCCUGGCACCGAGGGUAUGACCGUGGUGGACGCUGCUUCGGGCCGAACCUUUGGGCACAAGAUGUUUCUGGGCGGUAUCUUUGCUGGUGAGUGGGCUUUUAGUCCGUGCUGGGGCGGGAGCGUUUGGGGACGGUAGUGGUGGGGCGGGGGCAGGAGUGCUCAGGCGUGGGCGGGAAUGCUAGGGUGGUGUGGGAGAGCUGGGGCAGGGGUGGGAGUGCAGGGGCGGGGCGCGGGGCAGGUGUGCUGGGGUGGGGUGGGAGUGCUGGGGUGAGGGCAGGAGUGCUGUGGCUUAGGUGGGCAUGAUGGGGCGGGGUUGGGCUGGUGGUGGUGGUUCUGGGGUGGGGGUAGGAGGACUGGGGGCGGGAGUGCUUGGGUCCGUAUGUUGACCUCUGCUUGGUCUGCACGCAGAUACGCCUGCAAACCGGACGUUGAGUCUUUGGCUCUCCCAUGCGGCCAAGAACGCAUGUGGGCACUGCAUGCUGCUGGGAGAGACUGGCCCUAACGGCCAUGGUACAUACUUUCUGGGGUACAACAAGCCGGCGGACAUCAACACAGCGCUGAACGUCCUGUUGCCACCUGACUGUCAGAUGCCAGAGACUGCACUAUGCGGUGACAGCAGGAUCCGGAUCUCUCAUGCGCACCACAUGGAUCGGGCACAGGUUGUGGAAAGUAAUCAUGACUUGGCAUUGGCGCUGGGUUGCCAUGGCAUUUCCUGCAUAGCGAAGGAGCUGUCGUACAUAGACAUGAAUAACGUGUGGGUUGUGCCCAUAGCGCAUGCAGCUCUGUUCGGUGUCAUCAAGAAGUUCUGGCACUUUGUGCUGGGCGAGUCCGUCAAGAAGGCUGAGAGUGACUUUGUGUUAAGUGUAGAGGCUCGUCGCAGAAUGACUGCACGUGCAUCCCAUUUCAUCAUUACUAAUGACUUUAACCGACCCUACCGUGACAUUGUCCCCUGCUCGUACUGGACCAUGGAAGAAUGGCUGCACUGGACGGACUGCUUCUCCCUAUACGUCCUGCACUCGCACGGAGGGGAUCCUAAUAAAGUUGUGAUGCCGGUAGUUACACGGAAAGAUGAUGCAGGGCUGGAUCGUGAGUUUGACCUGGGGAGAAUGUGGGAGAUGUUGCGCACGGCCAUGCUGCAUUAUCUGCGGUAUGACCAAUUCUCGGAGGCUGCGUGUGACAGUGCAGCAGUAACCUUCAAACAGUUCUGCUGUGACUCGGAGCUCGUGUUUGGCAUGAAGUUUGCUACCUACAACAUGCAUCUACUGGCAUGUAGGCUACGCGAGCAGGAGCGUGCACGUGGGCACGUGGCGUUUGCAACUGAGUUCUGGGUCGAGCGCGGUGUGCAGCAGGUCAAAAGUGGGGUCAAGUUCCGCACAACCAGGUGUCCAGAGCAAAUUAUUGUGAGUGGGUUCCUUGCAAGUGCCCGGCUCGCUGAGAUGCGAGCUGAGCGUGGCAGGGGAGGUGGCACCGCGGAUGGUGGUGCAACCGGGCCAGCCGGGGUAGAGGCCGGCCAUGCACUGGCUGCGGGUGAGAGCCAGUACAAGUCAUUUGAUGAGUGGGUGCCAGAUUACCGUGCAGCACACGUCACAUUGACGGGGGAUGUUUGCGCGGAUGUAGAGGAUGGUGAGGGUUCCCAGCUGCUUGGGCGCGGAUAUGUGGCGGGUCCGACCGAGCGGACAGUUGUCUUCGAAGCAUUCAUGAAGGCUUUUAGUAAAGAGGACUUUGCGACACGUUCAGGUGUGGUGGAGGGUGACUUGCAGAACGCAAGUGUUAUUAUAUUCAAACGUGCACUUGUACGACGUGACCAGGUUUUACUAUCUACAAAGUAUAACUUGACCACUGCACGUGAGUCAUUUUAUGUGAAGACUAAGUAUGCGCCAUCCCUUGACACCCCAGAGGACGAUCAGGACGUGUCUGUGUAUGUUGGAGAGGUUGCAUUCUAUGCUCGUGUGCAAACCGUGCGUGGGGUUGUAUGCCGUGUGGCGAUUUGCGAAUUGCAUAAGGUGGAGGUGGUACGGCCGCAGUCGUUGUACUAUGCUGCAGACUUUAGUCGCCGCAAGGCAACCCCCAACCAAGAACGCCAGCAGACGUUCCUGAACUCGUUCCCCGUGCUAUUGCAAGCCAUUGACUCGAAGGUGAUGCGCUGCAAGCUCGACGAGAAUAAAAGUUACUU